CCUGUCCGACUCCAAAAGUCUACCUUAACUGUUCGAGCACAGACGUCCGAGAUAUGGGCGUGCAGUGUGCUCGGACAUGUAGAAACACAGAGAGUGAUAGUUGUUACUCAACAGAAUGUGAAUCCGGCUGUCAAUGCCCCAGUGGUCUCCUUGAUGAUGGCAAGGGCUCCUGUGUGAAGGAACAUGAAUGUCCUUGCCAACAUGAUCGCACCCUCUACGCUUCUGGCUCUGAAAUCAAAGAUCAGUGCAACACAUGUACAUGUCGAAAGGGGAACUGGGAGUGUACGGAGAAGAAAUGCCCAGGGACUUGCAUCAUUUAUGGUAGUGGUCAUUACAGAACCUUUGAUCAGAGAACGUAUGGCUUUCAGGGGCAAUGCGCCUACGUGGCCAUCCAGAACACAUGUGGCAACAAAUCGGUAGAGGACAUCUUCCGGGUUAUUACAGAAAAUAUACCAUGUGGAACUACUGGCACCACCUGUUCCAAAUCUGUCAGGAUUCAGCUGGGGAAUAAAGAAAUUAAAUUAGCAAAGGGAAAAUACGAAAUAUUGGAUCUGGCGAUGGGCUCUGAGAUCAAGUACACAAUCAGACCUGUUGGGAUGUAUCUGGCUGUAGAAGCUUCACUCGGGAUCACAGUUCUAUGGGACCGCAAAACCACUAUCCGGAUCCUUCUGGAACCACAGCACAGUGCGGGGGUUUGUGGUCUUUGUGGAGACUUUAAUGGAGAUGUCCAGAAUGACUUCACUACACAGAGUCAGAUGCUAGUGAGCAGCCCCCUUGAGUUUGCAAACAGCUGGAAGGCUUUAAGCUCUUGCCUGGAUGCCGAAGCAAGCGCUGAUUCUUGUGUGCUGCAGCCCCAUCGCCACAACUGGGCCCAGAUACAGUGUAGCAUUAUAAAGAGCGUCACCUUCCGCGACUGCCACAAAACGGUGAAUCCUAUUCCGUUUUAUGAAAACUGUGUAAAAGACUCGUGCGCCUGCGACAGUGGAGGAGACUGCGAGUGCUUCUGCACAGCAGUUGCAGCCUACGCCCAGGCUUGUAAUGAAGUCAGUGUGUGCGUUGCCUGGAGAACCCCGGAAAUAUGCCCCGUAUUUUGUGACUACUACAAUGAAGGGGAAUUAUGUGAGUGGCACUACAAGCCUUGCCAUGAACCUUGUUACGAGACCUGCCGGAAUCCACACGGAUGCAACAAUUCAAUACCAAACCUGGAAGGCUGUUACCCUGUGUGCCCAGAAGAUAAGCCCAUAUUUGAUGAAGAUAAAGGAAUAUGUGUCGAGAGCUGUGAUGGAUGCAUUUACAAUGGAACAUAUUACAAUGACAAUGAUGUCAUAUACAAUGUGACGGACAAUUUAGGAAUGUGCUAUUAUGCUAUUUGCAAAAAUGGAAAAGUGAUAGAGACAAAUGAUCCCUGUCCAACUCCCAAACCAUCCACAACAACAACGCCAUUCAUUACCUCAACUACAACACCAACAUCAUCACCAGCAACCACACCUAGACCAACUACACCCUUAGUCACAACUAAAGAGACCACCACACAAGAGCCAACACCAUUCCCUAGAGACAACAAGCCCACCUGUUUCAACAACUACUCCACCUACUCCCUCUGUCAUCUCAACAACAACAUUGACAACAACAACCACUGCACCACCAAGUACAACUGUUGCAACCCCAACCCCUGUUGUCACGACAACAACAACUCCCACACAAGAAACAACCUCAGUUACGACAACUCCAUCCACCACAACUGA